AUGGCUUCACCUUCUGAUGUGUUGGAUCUCAUGUUAAAGCAUCAUAAAAUUUCCCAUCAGGAUAUGUCAGUUGUUUUCUUGAUUGUUGAUGGAUUACAGACUACUUUACAAGAUAGAGAGGAUUCUCAUAAUAAGACACUAGAGACCUUGCAAGAUGUGCUUGUCCAUUAUAAGGAUUUAGAUGUUGUCAAUUUUACUGAUUUUGUUAGUGAUGUGCAAACAAAAGCUACUGGAUUGAUACACUCAUCAAGUUGUGGACAAUACAAUGCCUUUUCCAGUUAUAGACAAAUUCAGAGUUGA